AACUUGAAAAUUCAACGCAACAAACACGCUUAAUCGGUUAUAUAGCACGAUUCCCACUUGACAUCAAAUUUUUCUACAGAGACAGACAUCAUGGGAGAAGAAGGUUGCGAAUGCAGGCCACUAGGUUUCUUGCUCGGAUUGCCCUUUGCUCUCUUGGCUUUGAUUUUAUCUCUUGUGGGUGCAGUUAUCUGGGUUCUUGGAUCUAUAUUGAGUUGUUUGUGCCCAUGUUGCAUUUGCUGCGCCGGAUUGGCCAAUUUGGCUGUGAGUCUUGUAAAGCUUCCCAUUAAAGUUCUUAGAUGGUUCACUCGUCAAAUUCCUUGCUAGCUAGUUGCAUAAUAUUUUCUUUUUUCUUUCGAUUUAUUUGCCUAUGAUCUUGUUGUCAUUCAUUGGAUUCAUUAAUUACGAUUUUCGGCCGUUUAUGCUUCAUUCUUUCUUCUGAUUUAACUAUUAAUUAUGCCUCUCUGUUGUAUAAAAAUUGAGGUUCAUAUUU